AUGGAGGAACGUGGAUCCCCCGACGGGGACCCCUCGCGGAGCCUGGAGCAGGGAUCAGAGGGGCCAGAAACGCCCAUCCAGGUGGUGCUCAGGGUGCGUCCCAUGAGCGCAGCCGAGCUGCGUCGAGGGGAGCAGAGCGCGCUACACUGCUCAGGGACCCGGACUCUGCAGAGUGCCCACCUCCCCCAGGGCGCCCGCCCUUCCUUGUCCUGCACCGUCUUCACCUUUGGCCAGACAGGCUCCGGGAAGACCUACACCCUGACCGGACCUCCUCCCCAGGGGGAGGGAGUGCCCGUACCCCCCAGCCUGGCUGGCAUCAUACAGAGGACCUUCGCCUGGCUGUUAGACCGUGUGCAGCACCUGGGUGCCCCUGUCACCCUUCGCGCCUCCUAUCUGGAGAUCUACAAUGAGCAGGUUCGGGACUUGCUGAGCCUGGGGUCUCUCCGACCCCUUCCUGUUCGCUGGAACAAGACCCGGGGCUUCUAUGUGGAACAGCUGCGGGUGGUGGAGUUUGGGAGUCUGGAGGCCCUGAUGGAACUUCUGCAAAUGGGUCUUAGCCGUCGAAAGAGCUCAGCCCACACUCUGAACCAGACCUCCAGUCGCAGCCAUGUGCUGCUCACACUCUACAUCAGCCACCAAACUCCCCAGCAGAUGCCUCCUGUGGAUCCUGGGGAGCCUCCUGUUGGUGGGAAGCUGUGCUUUGUAGACCUGGCUGGCAGUGAGAAGGUAACAGCCACAGGAUCCCGUGGGGAGCUGAUGCUUGAGGCCAACAGCAUCAACCGCAGCCUGCUGGCCCUGGGUCACUGCAUCUCCCUGCUCCUGGACCCACAGCGGAAGCAGAGCCACAUCCCUUUUCGGGACAGCAAGCUCACCAAGUUGCUGGCAGACUCACUAGGGGGGAAUGGGGUCACCCUCAUGGUGGCCUGCGUGUCCCCCUCAGCCCACUGCCUUCCUGAGACUCUCAGCACUCUGAGAUAUGCAAGUAGAGCUCAGCGGGUCACCACCCGGCCACUGGCCCCCAAGUCUCCUGUGGCAAAGCAGCCCCAACGUUUGGAGACUGAGAUGCUACAGCUCCGGGAGGAGAACCGUCGCCUGCGGUUCCAGCUGGACCAAAUGGACCCCAAGGCCUCGGGGCUCAGUGGGGCCCGGGUGGCCUGGGCCCAGCGGAACCUGUAUGGGAUGCUACAGGAGUUCAUGCUGGAGAAUGAGAGGCUCAGGAAAGAAAAGAGCCAGCUGCAGAGCAGCCGAGACCUGGCUCGGAAUGAGCAGCACGUCCUGUCCCAACAGGUCCAUGAGCUAGAGAGGUGCCUCCUCUCUGCCUCCUACCUUCACCAGCUGGACCUUGGCCCAGCCCCACCGUAUCCCUGCUUUAUGGCACCAGCUCCCCCCUGCCAUGCACUGCCACCCGUCUGCCCCUGCUGCCACCUCUGCCCUCUGUGCGGAGCACCUUUGGCCCACUGGGCCUGCCCACGGAGGGAGCGCCACCUGCCACAGGCACUAGGUCCAGAAGCUCCAGGUGGCAUGCCCCUGUCUGCCCGGCUCCCUCCCUGGGUACCCCCAUGCAGCCCCAGUUCUGCCAAGUGCCCCAGAGAGAGGAGUCACAGCGACUGGACCCAGACCCAAGUCCUGGCAGAGAUGCUGACUGAGGAGGAGGUGGUACCCUCUGCACCCCCCCUGCCCAUGGGGCCCCCAAACACGUCACCAGUGCUGAGAGGUGGGGCCGGGGUUCCAAAUCUGGCCCGGAGACUGGAGGCCCUCAGAGACCAGAUUGGCAGCUCCCUACGACGUGGCCGGAGUCAGCCACCCCCCAGCAAGGGUGCACGGAGCCCAGGCCAAGUCCUCCCUCCCUGCUGAAAGCAAAGUGGAAACCCAGGAGACCAGCGUGCGACCUUGGGCUGGGCUCUGCGCUCUUGGGCUUCGGUCUCCCCCUAUGUUGAAUGGAGUAGCAGCUGCCGCUCCAUCCUGCAGCUGGGCUGGGCAGACGACAGCUCCAAGGGCCGGGGAGCAGGGGGACCUGGAGGGGUUAUGGGGAGGAACAAAGGAAAGGUACUGCCCCAGACCAUGAGAAAUGAGACUGGACUCAGGAGAAGCCAGGCAGCAGGGGAUGAAACAUACGAAUAAAGAGAAGUGUCAGCUCCCA